AUGGCGGGAUUUAGGGUUUCAGUGUUCGGGGAGAGCAAAAGGAUGUUGAUCACAGCUUGCAGAUGCACUCAUCAUUGGUACAACGGCUUUCUCACAGAGUUGGAGGUUUGCUUCAACUUCACAGCUUCUUAUUUGCUAAAUGAUAAUGGAAAUUCGGAAAUUCUCUUGUUUAACAGAAUAGUAGAUGUCCAUGGUGUUCGGAAUAUGAAAGAUCCUCGAGGUAUAGAGACAAUUCGGUCUGGUGGCUCACUCAAGGAGAAAGAAGUGUGGCGACUGGCAAGGAGGAAAGAUGUGAUGCACAGUGCGCUAAAAAGGAUACUAGUUGGUUUAAAACAACAUAUCAUCGAGUCAAAUCUAUGUUUUGUAGCUGUGUUGGGGACGAUUACAAGAUUAAAGUUUGGAACUACAAGAUGCAUAGAUGUCUUUUUACUCUUCUCGGGCAUCUAGAUUAUAUUCGUCCCGUGCAAUCUCACUUUUUUUAUGCUUGAAGCUUUGUUGAAAGAUUUGUACAAUGAUGUAAGUGUUAUAAUGGUCUAUGCUACAUGUGCUCUAUGCACUAUAGUCAUUCUCAUUAAGGUUUAUGAACCAUUCGUUUGAAGGCAA